UCGCCGCUACAAAGUUUUAUGCCGGUGGCAUGACUUUACAUUCCGCCCUCCGUUUUGGAAUCAACCAUCGUCCAGGUCAAAUCCCCCAAAUCCAAUUCGGAAGCUAUUUUGGCCGCCGAAUAAUCGAAAGCGAUGUUAUCAUCAUUGAUGAAAUAACUUUGCUGGAGAUGACAUUAUUAGAAAAUGUUGACCUUUUAUUCCGGACCAUGGUUCCUUCCAAAAGGGAUAUUCCUUUUGCUGGUAAAGUGGUAAUCCUUUCUGGGGAUUGGAAACAGUCACUCCCAGUAGUUAAAAAUUGCUCCAUUCCUGAAAUGGCAGUACCCGUUUGUAUUCAAAGUUCUUAUCUUUAUAAAAUGUUUCUUAAAACCCGAUUAAUGCAAAAUAUGAGACUCCAACCCUCCGAGAUUCAAUUUAAAGAAUGGCUUUAUAAUUUGGGUACUAACACCUCCGGGGAUAAAAUUGCCCUCCCUAAAUCAAUGAUGGUAGAGACUCGUGAUGAGUUAAUAUCUUUCGUCUUUGAUCAAGGGUUUACUAUUCAUAGUAGUCAGCUUCUUACAAGAUUAAUGCUUGCCCCUACUAACAGAUCCGUGGACCUUAAUAAUGACCUUAUCCUUGCCUCCUUCAAUAGUCAAUCCCGAGACUAUUAUUCAGUAGACAGAAGUCUCACUGAUGACCCGUUAGAUCCAUAUGCCGCCCAGCAAGAUGUUUCUUAUAUUAAUAACUUAACCCCGUCCGGUCUCCCCGCCCACCACUUACACCUCAAAGUUGGUUCUGUAAUUGUCCUUCUUAUUAACCUUAACACAAGCAAAGGCUUGUGUAACGGUACUCGCCUAAAAAUUAUUGCACUUCGCGAUCAUUUAAUAGAAGCCGAAACCAUUUACGGCGUAAACCAAGGGGUAACUGUUGGGCUCUCCCGCGUCCGAAUGCAACACCAGGACCCAGAACCAGAUGGGGUUAGCUUCGUGCGCCUCCAAUUCCCUGUCCGGACAGCCUUCUGCAUGACUAUCACAAAGGCCCAAGGCCAGACAUGCGAGAGGUUGGGCAUAGAUUUCUCAGAUGAACCCUUUGCCCACGGACAGCUUUAUACCGCCCUCUCACGGUGUACCAAUAGUAAUUUCAUAAGAGUUUUUGCCCCCAACAAACCUAAGGAUAAUGAUGGGAACACCCUUAUUACAAAUGUUGUAGCCCGUGGUCUACAGUUUGACUAAGUCAAAUUGUAGUUUGACUAAGUCAAAUUGUAGAACCCUUCUUAUUAUUGUAAAUUCCCCCUGAGAUUGCUUUUUCUUAUUAUUUCCUCCCCAUUUACAGCCCAGUGAGGAGUAUAUGGUUCACUGUUGACCACCGUGCACCUCCACGCGGUGUACUCUGGACGUUUUUGUUACAAAAAACGACUG